AUAUCAACUGUACAAUAUAGGCCAAAAACCGUCAACAAUGGAUGGAUCCAUCCGAUUAAUGUGGCUGUUAGGCUUAUUGAUUUCGGGUAUAAAUGCAAAAACCACCUUUUUCAUCCAUGUUGAUGAAGUUAAAAAUCCCGGAAACUUUCUACAUGGAGGAGGGUGUUGCCAGGGAAUAAACAACAACACGUCAUGUGCGGACCUCUGCAAACCUCUACUCAAGAUAUGUCUCAAAGAUUCCGCAAACCACUGUCUUGACGAUGUAACAUCGACACUUCACAUGCCCAUGAAUGACGUCAUUUACGGCUCGGUGAUUGGAAACACUACCAACCCUCUCAUUUUGGAAGUCGACAGUUGGGAUAGAGACCGCGAUCGAAUUUCUGUAGAAGUUUAUGACUUACAAACAUCGGGCCAGCCACUAUUGUUUACAACAAAUGUCCUUGAUCAGAACUUGGUUAUCGGCGAAGACAUUUUGUCCCAAUACUGGAGACAGAAGAAAUUAGAAUCUAAUUAUUUUUCGGAUAAAACUACGUUCAGCAUCCAGUUAACUUACAAGGCUUACUGCUCGGAGGGAUACUAUGGACCAAAAUGUUCCGAACAUUGUUUUGGUAAUCCGAAGAAGUGUGUCGUGAAUGGGAACACUUAUUGUAAAAUGGGUUGGAAUGGACCGAAUUGUGAUCAAGAUGUAAACGAAUGUUCCAUACCAACAUUUUGUGGACAUGGGAAUUGUUCAAACACAGUUGGUAGUUUUCAUUGCGCAUGCCCAUCGUCCGUGUAUGGCAUUAAGUGUCAACUGGAUGAGGAUGAAUGCUUAGUCAAGUCUUGCAAUGGUGGCGUUUGUGUGAACACUAUUGGAAAUUAUAAGUGUUUGUGCAAACACGGGUUAACUGGACAAAAUUGUGAAAUGUUGACUUCCAAGUCCUGUAGUUCUCGAACAUGUCAUGGACAUGGAAUAUGCCAUAUUGUAGAUGGACAUGCCGUUUGCACAUGUAAUAAAGGGCACAUGGGACCGGAUUGCACUUUAAAGGAUUUUUGUGCUGUCAACAUGUGUAAAAAUGGGGCGACGUGUUCAUCUCAUGACCAUACUUACAAAUGCCACUGUCCCAAAGGAUAUACCGGUAGAGACUGUGAAAUUGUAGACUAUUGUUUUUAUAAACCUUGUGCCAAUUCGGGUAAUUGUACCAACACUGGAGUGGAUUAUAUGUGCUCUUGCACAGAUGCUUUUAUGGGGAAGAAUUGUGAUGUUCAAAAUCCUUGCUUCGGAGAGACAUGCAGUAGUCAUGGAACCUGUAACGCAACACAGAAUGGAUACCAUUGCAGUUGUAAUGCAGGAUUUAUUGGAACAAAUUGCGAAAAAAUAGAUUACUGCUUCCAACAAUCGUGCAAUGAUCAUGGCUUUUGUCAGAGGAAUGAUUCAGAUUAUACAUGUAUAUGUGAAUUGGGCUAUGAAGGAAAACGUUGUGAAUAUCUCAACUACUGUCAAUUUAACCCCUGUAAAAAUGGAGUAUGUUGGAAAAAUGAAACAGGGUUCAGUUGCACUUGUAACGAUGGAUUCGUGGGUAAAAGCUGCAGCGAGAUUGACCACUGUUAUAAUCAGACUUGUUCCUACAGAGGCACGUGUCUAAACAACAGAGAUGAUCACAUCUGCAGUUGUCAGGAUGGAUAUUACGGGACAAACUGUGAGUUGGUCAAUUAUUGCAAGUCCAAUCCAUGCAUGCACGGUCUUUGCACUUCCAAUGGAGCAAUGUUUACCUGCACUUGUGACGAUGGCUUCUCUGGUAAAAUAUGUGAACUUGUUGACUACUGUUUCCACCAAAAUUGUUCUUUCAACGGCCGCUGUGUGAAUAACUUAUACAAUCACACAUGUACUUGUGACGAUGGAUUCCUUGGAGAAAAUUGCGAGACGAAAGAUGUGUGUUUUGGACAAAUAUGUAGCGGUCACGGAAUAUGCCACAGGGUAAUAGAAACAAAUUAUCAAGACUUUACAUGUAAAUGCGAUCCUGGGUGGUCGGGUUCUGUGUGUCAGUCGUAUAAUUUUUGCCAUAAUAUAACUUGCUCUAAUCAUGGAAAAUGCUUCACGGGAAAUAAUGAUUUUGUCUGUGUGUGCGAUUCUGGUUUCACCGGAAAAGUUUGUGAAUCUACUCAGUUUUGCAAAUCUUCAUCCUGCAUUGCUCCACAUAUAUGUAAAGAAAAUGUGAAGGGUUAUACUUGUGGAUGUCCAUACGGGUUAGCAGGAAACAACUGUGACCGAAUCGACCACUGCUUGAAGCAUCCAUGCGGGGAUCACGGUUCUUGUGAAGAUACAGAUGUUGGAUAUAACUGCUCUUGUAACUCUGGGUGGACAGGUGUUUUAUGUACAGAAGUUGAUUACUGUGUAAAUGUCCCAUGUCAGAAUGGAGCUCUAUGCAUCAAUGAUUUACAUAAUUACACGUGCGAUUGCAAGGAAGGGUUUUACGGCCAGUUGUGUGAAAAUGUAAAUUUUUGCUACAAUAACCCAUGCAUUAAUAACGGGUCGUGCUUAAAUCAUGCAAAAACGUAUACAUGUGCAUGCCCCAUUGAGUGGACAGGACAUCUCUGUGAAAAAGAAAAUUAUUGUGUCACUUCUAAGCCAUGUGGCGAUCAUGCAAAUUGCUUCCAAGUUGAGUCACAAGUUCUCUGUUCUUGUUUAGCUGGCUGGAUGGGGGAAAAUUGUACAAUCAAAGACUACUGUCAUGAUGAUCCAUGUGGUCCCUCGGGUGGUUGUCAGAAUUUAGCAAAUUCUUAUUCUUGUCAAUGCGACCCACAGUGGACAGGGAAAAACUGUGAAACGUAUGCUUGUGAAAACAAUACGUGUCUUCAUGGAUAUUGUCGUGCCGCUGUAGAUACCCUUUACUCUUGUGACUGUGAUCCAGGUUGGGUUGGUCAUGAUUGUGAUAUUGUAGAUCCCUGUAAAUAUGUCACCUGUGAAAAUGGCGGGAAAUGUGAAGUAUCCUUAUCGACUACACAAUCAAAUUUAAAUUCCUCUUUAGUUGGGCAGCAGAAUAUUGAGAAUUCAACGGCAUCGUGCAAAUGUCCAAAUGGCUGGGAAGGAAAUACAUGUCAGAUAGAUAUCGAUGAGUGUCAGAGAGAAAAUGCUUGUCAUAGACAUGGUUCAUGUACCAAUACGGUGGGCGGAUACAGUUGCAGCUGUAAACAAGGUUUCACUGGUGUGGAAUGUGAAGUAAACAUUAACGAAUGUUCAUCUAAUCCAUGCCGAAAUAACGCGACAUGCAUUGAUGACAUAAACGGUUACACUUGCUCGUGUUCUUCGUUUUUCUUUGGGGAACUGUGCGAAAAAGAUGUUGAUGAGUGUCAGUAUUAUGUAUGCGGGUCUCAAGGUAGUUGUGUCAAUACAUACGGUGAUUAUAAAUGCAUGUGUGCGCCGAGCUGGGAAGGACGUCACUGUGAAAAGCAUAUCAAAUCAUGUACUCUUGAUCCAUGUAAGAAUAAUGCAACAUGUUACGAUGUAGAAAACACGUUCUUCUGCACAUGCGAUAGUCGAUAUACUGGCCGACACUGUGAUAUUGAUGUAAAUGAAUGCCAAAUUCGUUCCCCUUGCAAAAAUGGAGGGUCUUGUAUCAAUACGAAUGGAUCCUUCUAUUGCUCCUGUCCGAAGGGAUGGACUGGGGAAUUAUGUGACACUGACGUAGAUGAAUGUAUAAUCAAUCCAUGUCCUCAUAUGACUGCUUGUGUAAACAAAGUUAUUGGUUUUGAAUGCCAAGAUUGUUCCACAUUUCAAUGCCUCAAUGGCGGAAAGUGUGUCAAUACAAAUCAUGGACCGAUUUGUAAUUGUUCUGACAACUGGGCGGGUGAUACCUGUAGUCAAAGAAACUUCUGUAAAGAUGAUCCGUGUGGAUCACUCCAAAUAUGUAUAAAUACGAAAAAUGCAUACACAUGUGAGUAUCACCCCUGCAGGAGCGCCCCAUGUCAGAACAAUGGGAGAUGUGUUGAAAAUGGUAUUGGAUACUUAUGUGAAUGUAAAUCGGGCUGGAUUGGAACACUUUGCGAAGAGAAAAACUAUUGUGCUGAGAAUUCCUGUGAAAACAACGGAACCUGUCAAAAUGGAAAUUCCUCCUUUCAUUGCAUGUGUGCCGACAACUGGUUUGGAAAACGUUGUGAGCUUUAUGACUUUUGCUAUUCUGAUCCCUGUAGAAAUGGCGGUAUUUGUCAAAACAUGCAGGGUACAUAUUUUUGCAACUGUCCACAAGGUUGGGAGGGGAAAAAUUGUGAUGUAUUUAACCACUGUUAUAAUUUACCGUGCAUGAAUAAUGGUAUCUGUAAUAACCACAAUUCGACGUACAGCUGUGCUUGUCCAAGGGAAUGGAGUGGACUUAACUGUGAAGAAUACAACUUCUGUUUUAAUUCUCCUUGUCAUAACAAUGGGUCAUGCCAAAAUGGAAAAGAUUCGUUUCUUUGUUCCUGUCUACCAGGGUAUCUAGGGAAAACUUGUAACGUUUUCGACCAGUGUCUCUCUAAUCCAUGCAAAAACAAUGGGACUUGUAUGAUGAAUCAAACCAGUUACGAAUGUCGUUGUCACGGCGGUUACAUGGGGUCGCAAUGUGAGAGUGACCAAAAUGAAUGUAAGAUGGAUUUGUGCCCACCAAAGUCAUCUUGCUACAAUGAGGAUGGUGGAUACACGUGCAUUUGGGAGAGAAGAAGGAGACGGGAAGCUGUUAAACAGAGUUUGAAAAGCGGUGUAUUGGAGUUUCCAUUCUCGACAGACAAGACCGAAAUAGAGGCCACUGUUGCUAAUGCUAGGCGUCUUCUGGAAGGAUCGUACUGCAGAUCCGAGACUUCGGUGUUUGAACCGAUCUCGCUGACUUCUCAGAGGAAUGGAAAAAUGCACCUUCAUUUCCACGCUUGGUGUAAGGAGAAGGGGAUUUCAUCUGAUGAUGGCGCGACACCUUCAUUCUGAUAUCUCCAUUGUAUUUCAACCAAUAAAAUGAAUUUAAAAAAUA